AAAGAAAAUCCUGGCUCGUAGUCUAAUCUGACGCCGCCAUUUCAAAGCGCGACACAAGCUGUUGGGAAUUUUGUACAUUGUUUUUUUUUUGUUGUGUAUAUUUUUCUAAUAUAUUUUUUUAAUUUUUCUUAGAAAAUAGGGAUAUUAUAUCACUUUUUGAAUCUACCUCGCCUGCAUCACCAACAGAAACCCACAUAAACUUGGAGAAAUGAUGGAUGCAGACACAGAAGAAAAGAUGACAGAAACUUCAAAAACUUCCAAGGAUGAGUCUGAGAGACCGAUUAUGGACAACAAAGCCAGGGGUCGUGGGUUUAAAGGCCGUGGUCGAGGCGGUCGGAUGAGUCGAGGCGGCAUGCGCGGUGGGCGGGGCAUGAUGAAAGGAUUUGGUCCGCCUGGACACGGGAGGGGUCGACCGAAAGAUGGACCCAUGAAUGGAUUUGCCCCCAUGAGAGGAAUGAGGAGGAUGCGACCGUACCCAGACAUGAGAGGUCAUCGAGGUAGGGGUGGACCAAUGGGCAUGGGCCCUCCUCCUCCUCCUCCUCCUCCCCCUCCACCUCCCAUGCACCUCAGGGGCCCGUUCCCACCCAUGCCCAGGCACGGACCUCCUCCACCCCCUCCCCCAGGUCACCCUGGUUUCAGAGGGCGCCCACCACACCCUCGAGGCCGUGGCAUGCCGCCCCCUGGACCUCCACGCCACUUCCACCCCCGUGGCCCUAGAGGGGGGGCACACAGUACAGUUAACCUCCCAGGCCCCAGGAACCCAGGCCCUCCCUCACAUCUCUCCCCUCGGUCACCAGCGGCGUGACACCUGAGGUCCGGCGCUUCACUUGAAAAGGUGAGCCUCCUCUUGUGUCUUAAUCCCUAAACCCCUCCCUCACUGAUGCCUGGAGAUUCUCUCUUUCAGGAUGGAAGUUGAAGUCGGUGAGACGUUCAGGACUGUGGUUUGAUGAGGUUAUGGUCAGUGCACCUUGUGGUAACGCAAGGAGCAUGCAGGGAAAGGACAGGUUUAUAAAUCAGUAUGAUUGCACUUUAAUGGUAUUAGUAGUGGAGGGCCUUAUGAAACUUUGGGUCUUUCUAAGAGAGGCUUUGAGGCGACGAACGCAGGAAUCACGGUGACAUCUGGUGGCUUUCAGAAAUUACUGCAACCCUUAAAUAUUGGGCUGAAAGCCUCAGUGAGUUAACUGUUUCAGUCUUGUGCUAUACAAGACCAACCAGCCUGCAUGUUAUCAUUAAAUCUGUAAUACUUUUUUUUACAGAAAAGCUACAUUAAAUGUAGAUAUUAUUGUGCAAUAUGUUAAAGUAAAAUAAUUAAUAUAUUGUUAAUAUAUAAUAUAAUAUAUUUUGGUAGUUUAGACCCAGUGUCCACUGUGGGCUCAUGCGUUUUAAGCUCAUGAUCAUUCAUGUAACAUUUCAUAUGAAGCACAAUGUGAUGUGAUAUUCAUUAAAUUAGUGACUUUUAUUACAUUAUUACUUUGUAGCAGCUGGAAAUGUUCUCAUACUUAAUGAUACUAGUGUCAUUCGUCAAAUUUCUAGAUUACUCUUCUCUCUUCUUAUCCUACGAAUAUGCUCAUCACAUAGUUUAGCAGGAAAACUGUCAAACUUAAUCAAGCUCUUUUCUGAAGCACCAGCAACAUUUGAAGCUUCAGGUGUCAUCAGUAAUGUGGUAUUCUUCAUUUGACUCUGACGCAGUGUAAUGAAACGUUUAACAGGAGUUAAAACAAGCUUCAGAUCGGCUGUAUCAUCCACCAGUCUCUGCUGAACAUCUGUGCUUUUCCUGCUUGAAAAACAUCUUUAGGUGUCAUGAUCAGAUAUUCACUCGUGGGUCAGAAAGCCAACAGGAAAGUUCAUAAACUCAACCUAAAAUUAGUUUGUUUUUGCUGGUGUUGAACAUAAACUUUAAAUGAUUCACUACAGUUGAACUAGUUUCCAAACCAUUAUCAUGGUGUGUUUGUAUUUAAGUAACAGUGUACUCAGUAAAUAAGUAUUCUUAAGAAGCAGGAUGAUGGAUGGAAUCAAGCUGCUGACAAUGGACCCAGAUGCUCAUCGUUUUACUGUUAAACUAUAGUUAGAUAAAUGGAAGUGGAUGUGGACAAGCUUCAUAAUAACUUUGUCUAGUGGACAGAACAUUUCUUUAGGCUUCAGGUGUUCAGGCAUGUUAACACAAGCGUGGACCACAGAAAGAAGGUCAAUAUCUGCGCAUCUUGCAGGGCGGAGGUUUUCAAACCUGCAGUAUGUAAACAAAACCAGAAGGAUUUAGGAUUUUAGUAUCGUAAACUGUCACAGUAAGGUGUAAUAAAUACCUAAUGGUAGGUAUGUAUGUGGUCAAGUACUAUCAUUGGACUCAUUACGGAGGGGAACAUUUAAAUAUACAUUUAUAAUCAAACCAGGUACAUCCAUAAUUGAGCAGUGACUAUAAAUACUGUAUUGUGAUUUGUGUUGUGUAAUGCUGGAAAUGUUGACAGCCUCUCUGCAGCAAAAAAGGUUAAAGCUUCAUACCCUCGUUUUCUCAGUGGAGAUGAUGCACUUUGUGAUUUAUGUCUGAGUGUCACCUCUGUAUGACAGCUCAUUUUAAUACAGGAAGAGAGAGCGCGGAGGGGGAGUCAGUCCUCAGCAGCCUUUAAAUAGAGCAAUGGAGAAAAAUGUCUAUGAUGAUAAAUACAAGGACUUUUACCAGGAAAUCUCCUUAAAAUGACAGGAAGUAUUAUCCUUCACUGAGCUUUAGUGUUUUAACUCUUAAACAGAGGAUGAAUGUUAAAUUCAGUGUUUGUUUUUUUUCUAUGUUUUGCCUCAAAUAUUUUUGUACACUAACU